AGAAUAACCAUUCGCGGUUGCACGCCCGGAGGAAAAACUCACCUUGUCCCUUCAACACCUUUCACAUUCUUCAUUGCAUAUCCUCUCUUCGACCACAUAAUCCCUCCUCGUUCUCUCCACAACCAGGCGCACAUCAAACCAAACAAUAACACCCGCAACCACAACCCCCAAAUUAUGCCCGAUCAGACCCCUUCAAAUGCGACGCACCGUCCCGGAAAACACCGCCUAGAGGAACGAGGAGAGCAAGACAUCCCAGAAAUGCCAGCUCCCGCUCCGCAGCCCAACAAGCGUCCGAGGCGAUAUGCAAUGGACGAAUGCCAAUAUAGUCCAGAAUACUCGCCAACUUCGCCUCCUCAGCGCGACUUCCGGCCCCGUGAGUAUGGAGUUGAACAAGAUCGAUAUGGUCAGCCAUACUUUCCCUUUCACGGGUACCCGCCGACGUUUCUGGAAGAUAUGCGACGAGCAUAUGGUACGCCACCGCUUGAUAAGGAGUAUUCUCCGACGUCUCCGGACUAUAGACAAGAACGAUUCAACCCGCCACGGCCGUACUAUGGAGAAGGAUCAUAUCCAGCUGAUGACCGGGAUUUCGACGACCGGCGGUACGAUGACGGCCGGCGCUACCAUGACGAUCGACGGCAUUACGAUGAUCAGCGAGACCACGGAGCUCCGAAACCUGUGCUGCAACCUGUGUACCCACAGGAUGAGCCGGAUCAGGGCCCCAACGAUAGCGACCGCGGCUCUUCCUCAGGUAGUUACUUCGACUCCGAAUACGACAACGACGACGAGCGCGAGCCUCCGCGAAAUGAUGGUUAUAACGGAUACAGUCCCGGCCCCCCGCCUGAUCACGGGUAUGCCCAUCGCAACAAUGACGAAGACUGCGGACAAACACCGCCAUACCAGGACGAUAUCCGUGUCGACCGGCCAUUCAACAAUACCAACGGGCCCUCUCCGUUCCCAAAGCAGCAAAUAAACGGAAAUGUGCAGAACUACUUCUACCACUUCAACGGCACUCCGAGGAAACAAAUCUUCAACUUCCACAUCUCUUCGCCUAAUGCCGCGGGAGGCUUGCCACAGGGACUUCCAGGCGGGAUCAGCUUCUCCUUUGGGAGCGGGAAUGUACCUCAGCAGGAGGCGCGUGGAGAAGGCCAAGCAAACAGUUCUCUGGUGAAUAAGCAGGACCGUCCGCAGCCGCGAAACAUUGAAGAGCUCAAGGAUGAACUGGGUCGUGUCAGAGCGACCGCGACGGCGGAGUUCAUGGAGUUGAUGACAAAAGCAAACCGCCAGUACGCGGAGGCUGUGGGUCGCAUCGCUGAACUGAAGCAGCAGAUCGGGAAAAUGGAAGGGCAAGAUGUGGAGGGAAAGGGAGAGGAGGACCGCCGUGCAGGUGGUGAUCGUUAAGAGUAGACCGAUAUCGAUAGGUUGACUCAUUCCGGCGUCGAGGUCAUGAGUAAAGGGUAAAGCAGCAAGAUGUGAUAUCAUUUUGGAAGCAGUCGCCGGAUACGGUCGAAU